CCUAUCCCCCCUCCCCACACUUUGUCAGAGGCACUCUCUCACCUCUCUCCUGGUGUAAAGAGAAGUCAGACAAUGCAUCAGCCUGCAGUUCAUCUGGCAUCCUCUUCUACUUUCCUCCUGCCUCAGCUCCCCUCUUCUCUCUGCUACACUGCUGACUGAUACCUCUGAUAUCUCUUUUUUCCAUUACCCUUUCCUUUUCUACCUCCGUUUCACCCACACCUCAUCCUCAAGCCACCAUGGUGAACAGAUAACCGCCCAGCCGUCCUGACACCAUGGGUGCCUGCCUCUGCAAAAGUCACAAAGAGCUCCACCUUCCCAUGACAGCGGACCAGAUAGAGGAGGGUCAGACAUCCUCUGCCAAGGAUGGCCAGAAUCCAACCAACGGCAGUGUGGCAGAUAAAACCAGUGGCUAUAAUAUAGGCGAGCUGGCCACUUCAUCUUUGAUGGGUCUGGUGGCCACGGUAAAGGAGCAUAUUACCAAGCCGACGGCGAUGGCCCAGGGGCGAGUUGCUCACCUGAUUGAGUGGAAGGGUUGGGGCGGAGGGAGCCAGGCCAGGGGAGGUGGGGGCGGUUGGAGCGGUUCCUGGGGGGGGAUGGGGGCCGAGCUUCACGAGGACGAACAAUUCUACUCUCAUAUGACGGACGAGAUCAAGGAAGCUCGCUUCGCUGCAGGAGUGGCAGAGCAGUUUGCCCUGGCUGAGGCUUCUAUGCAUGUGUGGUCCAUGAACGACAGCUCAGAGCAGCCCUCCACCAGUUUACAAGCACAAAGCCAUUUCUUGUCCCAGUUCCUGCUGGACGGUGUUCCUCAGCACCUGUACAGCAUCAACGCCCAGACAUAUGGCAACAACAGUGUGGCCAACCUGAUCCUUCCGCCAAUGGUCGACUGCAUAUCCUCAACGUCCAACACCCAGCCGGACAGACAUCGGCCCAUCGAGGACAGAAGCACUGCAACUGCAGAGGCUGUUGUCCGACACGUAGACAGCAGCUCGCUGUCUGAAGAUGAUGUUUUUUAUAACUAGGCUCAACAGGAAAAGAAGCCAGCAAUGUUGAUGGCAAUUGCUGAAAUGAGCCCCACUGAGGGGACUUUACUCUCAGCCACCAGCAGUGAAUGUCGGUGAGAUAUUGCAAGAGGCAAUUCUUCAAAUGGCUCGUCUGAGAGGGUUUCAGCGCCUGCAUGGUCUUCAGAUACAAAGACUCUAAACUGUAUUUUCUCCCAUGUAGAAGAUUAUACUUUUGUGAAUGUACAGAGUUUCACUAUUACAUUUUCAUUUUGUAAUCAGUGUACAAUGAACACUUUAAUAUUAUAGGUAGACUUGAACUGU